UCGUCUUUCAGCGAUACCAGUCCAUGAGCAACAGGGCUGUGCCCUUCCGCAUACGGGCCCCAGAACAAAUCGGCCCUGAUUUUCAAGCAACAAGGAUUGAAGACCCAUCCAUAGACUCUCACCUGCGAGACCCAGGGCUCAUGCCCCCUGUUCACCUCCAGGGACGGAAGUACAUCACAUGCUACGACCCCGCUACAGCCUGGCAUCUUGCUACAUACGUUGCAGACCACGCUGACGAAAUUCAGCACAAGAUCAGGCUUGCUGUGACUGCCCAGCAGUCGUGGAAGAACAGCUCGUUUGCCGACCGACGAAAGGUAGUGCGAAGCCUUAAGAAAUGGCUGAUUGAUAAUCAAGAAACUUGUGCGAAAGUCGCUGCCCGCGACACGGGAAAGACGCUGCUCGAUGCUGCCCUCGGUGAGAUCCUCACGACUGCUUCCAAGAUGGACUGGCUUGUGCGGCAUGGGGAACGCUACUUGAAACCAGAGUCCCGAACCACGAACUGGAUGCUCCUUUACAAGAGCGCUAAGGUUCAUUAUGCGCCACUGGGUGUCGUGGCAGCUAUCGUCUCCUGGAACUACCCCCUCCACAAUGUGUUCUCCCCAGUUCUUGCUGCCAUCUUUGCCGGAAACAGCAUCAUCGUAAAAUGUUCGGAGAACGUCGUCUGGUCGACAAUGUGGUAUGUUAGUGCAAUUAAGGAGUGUCUCAGGGUCUGUGGCCAAGACUCAGAGCUUGUUCAGUUGGUCUGCUGCUAUCCAGAGGAGGCCGAGAGUCUGACUAAGUCCCCCUGGAUUCGCCACAUCACGUUUAUUGGUUCUGAAGAAGUCGGGCGAAAGGUCGUACUCGCCGCAGCUGAACAGCUGACGCCUGUGACUCUUGAGCUCGGCGGGAAGGAUCCAGCCAUCGUUAUGCCUUCGACGGACAUCAAGCAGUAUGAAAGCAUAUGGAUGCGCGGUCUCUUCGGAAACGUCGGCCAGAAUUGCAUUGGCAUUGAACGCCUCCUUGUGCACUCCUCGCAGUACGACGAAAUCUAUUCCCUCAUCGUUGAGCGCACGAAGCAACUCCGCCUUGGCUGUGCACUCUCGCAGCCCCAGGAUGGCUUUGUGCCUACUGUUGACUGCGGUGCGAUGAUUAACAACAGCCGGUUUGACGACCUCGAACGUGUUCUUGAGUCGGCGGAGAACCACGGCGCAACGAUCGAUGUCGGUGGUAAGCGGUGGAAGCACCCGUACCUCGAACACGGCGCCUACUUCAGCCCGACGGUUGUUGGCAACGUGGAUCACUCAAGCGAGCUUGCGCAGCGUGAAAUGUUUGCGCCCAUUGCAGCUAUCAUCAAGUACGAUACCAUCGAGGAGGCUAUCGCUAUCGCGAACGGCACGCGAUAUGGUCUCGGUGCGAGCGUGUUUGGACCUGACCAAGAGAAGUGCGUCGAACUUGUUGCGAAAAAACUGGAAUGCGGUAUGGUGUCAAUCAACGACUAUGCCGUUUAUUACGUGAGCCAAGAUCUACCCUUUGGCGGUGUCAAAAUGAGCGGAUAUGGCCGCUUUGGCGGGCCCGAAGGCUUGCGCGCACUCACAAGCACCAAGGUCAUCGUCGUUGAUCGCUGGCCAUGGCUUAUUCAGACGAGCAUCCCCCAGCCACUUGACUACCCAAUUCGCUCCAUCGCCCUCAGCUGGCAAUUCGUGAGUGGCCUCAUCGGAUUUUUCUAUGCCGAGGAAUGGCGUGCGCGCUUCGAGUUCCUCGCGGCACUCAUCGACGCUGCGCGUCGGUGAUUACACUGCUCGUCUUUGCUACAACGUGCUUGCGCGGGACUGUGAUGAUCUAAUAUAGGUUUACGACUUUACGACGAUUGGAAUGCUGUCCGUGGAGUAACAAUACUAAUGUUGACGUCGUCUUUCGGUU